AUGACUAUAGAUAUAUUUACAACACGUUUUGUUGACUGUCAUUUUGAUGAGACAGUUUUCCCAGCUUUAGGGGGAGGAGAAAAGAAACACCUGGAAAAACAAAUUACUUGGAAUGCACAAUUAUUAUCUCAAUUUUAUCCUCGUACAAGUCAAUGUGAACUUGAAGUUCAAAGAAUAAUUCAUUCGCAAAAUAUUGCAAAUCAAUUACCAAAUGCAUUCACUGACCCAAAGAAAAUUACAAAAUCACAUGUUCUAGCAGAAAAUGCUUCAAUUCGAAUUGAAGUCCCAGCAGGACGAUAUGCUAAUGAGUCUAAAGCAUGCUUGAAGCAUGGUAGACCAGUCGGUUCCAAAGAUAAGAAUCCUCGAAAAAGAAAAGGAGCAAAUAAUCAGUAUUGUCCUAAUGAAGAGGUUGAUAAUUUUGAGGGAGAUAUUGACAUAAACAAUCACAAAUCUCUUAAAGAGAUUUAG